AAACAAGUAGUGCAAAUGGCCUCAGAAAUUCAACCACAGUUAUCAGGACAAGGAAUGGGAAUGGGAAUGGGAAUGGGAAUGGGAAGGACUUCUUCAAAUGAAUCGAGAGAAAAGGCGAACCAAGCAAUUAAAGAUCAAAUAUUUCAAGCAGCUAUGGAGAAUAAGUGGACAAAAGUUAAGCAUCUGUACAUCAAAAACAAGUUUGUUCAUGAAUCCAAACUCACUCGAUCUGAAGAUACUGCUCUUCACUUAGCUAUCACUUCUUAUCAUCCAGAUCGAGACGACUCUUUACAGCAUCCUCAUCUUACUUGUAUCAAGGAAAUGAUUGCUGACAUAUCAAAGGAAAAUCGACUAUGUAUCUUAAAGCAGAAGAAUGAUAAAGGGAACACACCUCUUCACCUUGCAGCAGAACUCGGGAGUGUCCCGAUUAUUGAGUGUAUGGUAAACUCAGCAGACCGUGAUCUCAUCUGGGAGACCAAUUCAAAAGGGGAAACCCCCUUAUUCGUAGCUGCUUAUCGUGGCAAGCUACAAGCUUUUCUCUACCUACUUAACUGUUGUCUAAAUGAAAAAGGAGAAGGUCCAAUUGAACUUUGUAGGAGGGAAGAUGGCGAUAACAUUCUACAUGCCGCCAUCUCUGGCGAGUACUUCGAUCUGGCUUUUCAGAUAAUACAUUACUAUGGGCAACUUGUCAACCGUUACAACGUAGAGGGCAUGUCUCCUCUACACUUCCUUUCCAGGAUGCCUCAAGUAUUCAAAAGUGGCAGCCAUUUUCGGUUCAUAGAUAGCCUCAUCUACUACUGCACAAAUAUUGAAGAGCUAGAGUUAAUGACAUAUGAAGCUGAAGACAAAGAAGAUUCAUAUAGUAAGCUUGAAUGGAAUCUCCCAGAGAACUACCAAACAAUGGUGGAGUUCUUGGAACUACUUUGGAAUGGGACAUUGAAAACUAUAAAUUAUCUUAAGCGAACAUAUUGUGGGAAUCAAGAAGACCCGUCUAAAGAUACUACAGAAAGAACUGAUGUGAAUCAAGGGAAGAAGUCCAAAGGAGCAACUAAUGAGAAUCAAGAGAAUAAGUCUCAAGGUAUGUGAUACCUUUCAGGUUAUGUGGACUUAAACAGGUUUCUAAAGAGGCAAGAAACUAUAUAUAUAUAU